AUGAUGGCUAAGGUGUCUGCCAUAGAAUAUUUUGCCUUACUCCUCAUCAUUUCAGUUAUUUCAAUGAGAAGUGAAUUGGUUGCAGAGGGUGGUGUGUGUGAGAAAGUUGUGCUGAAGGAGCACUGUGAGUUUGCUUAUUGUAAGCAGGUUUGCCAAGACUUGUACAAAGAAUUGUUCUUGGCUGGAGAAUGCAUUUUCACUCCAAAACUUCAAUGUGUUUGUUUCUAUCACUGUUCACCCACUACUUCUAACACCCCUCUACCCAAAAUUCCCAAUUAG